AUGAUGACGACGGAAAGAGAUCCCGACUCCGAGAAUACGCCGCCGAGGAAGCGUAUCGCUGUUGCUGUGCAGAGCCCUGCCGAUUUCUUCGACUUGGAUACCACCCGGGCCCAUUUUCCCGACACCCUACCCACGCUCACAUCUAGUGAUAUGCUGGGCUCGUAUCGGCACGGUUCGGCUUCAGCAGCUGCGUACCCAUACCAUGCCGCCGCCACAACUACCGCAGGGAAGCAAUCGUACUAUGGCGCGGUGCCCACGUGGCCCACGCAAGGUUACACCGAGGAUAGCGUCGACUACGGAUUGCAGUAUGGCCAGAGCCACCCAUACCUAGCCAUCGAGGAUGAAGUUCGCAUGGUAACUGCCAAGUCACAUUCGGCGAAUAGGCUAGGCCUAGGAAGCACCAAGUUCGGGGCCAGCACGCACUCAGGCCCGAGUGGAAACAUCUACGUCGACGUCGACCCGGGCUAUCCUUACACGAAUUCACCAGCACUCAUGCAUCGGCCGCCCAUGGGUACCACCCUCGACCUACCUCAUUUCUCUUUAGCCGCCAUUCCACAGCAGCACCUCCACAGCUCACCAAGCAAGGAUAGACUUCUUCCCUCGCCCACGAGAAGUCUCCCAAGUAAUGGCAUCAUGAAUUAUCGUGCAGUCCGCGCUCGCCACGUACCCACCGUCUGCUACCGCUUCGCAGGCAUCAUCCACGUCAUCGGCCUCGUCGAGAGUAGUGGGCACCACGUCCCUCUCUGCGGCCGAGGUGUACUCACAUGCGGGUCCGUCAUCGUCAUCAGCAGCAUCAUCGUCGCCUUCCUCAGGCGCCGGCGACUCGAUAUUUUCCACAGCGGAGAACAGUCUGCGGACACCUUCGGGCGGCGGAUCUGA